AUGAACCAGUCAGUGUUUAUGCUCAUUCGUCGCAUUCUUCUCACUGUCGUCUACCAUCGAGGCACUGUCUCUCGCCUCAAGGGCUCAACGCACGUGCACAGCAGCCAGUGUCUGCAUCCGGGUCACCAACCAGCUGUCCGUUUUCUACUUCAAUUGCCCAUUCGCCCACGUGUAAAGUGGAAUGGCGCUAACACAAUCACGACUUACCACGUGUUUGCUGAGCUUUACAAGCGAAACCGACUUACAGUCCAUUGGAUGAGGCAUCUGCUGUGCAACUCGCCUUGUCGAAUUCGUCCUCGGUCGAUGUGCGUCAAUCUGAUUAAACGAUAA